ACAAGGGGGUGCGAUUACUGCAGAGGAUGUGGACAAGGAGCCUUUAAAUAGCCGCUACCAAAACCUGAAGGCAUCAGAGAGAAGGAUACAGUGUAGGAUACAGCUGCAGAUACAACGUUGGGAAUUUUACUGGGACAGACAGCUUAAUUAGAACCUCACCAACUUGCUUGAACAUGCACCCGGCACUCCUGAUUCUCUUUCUGGCUGUGUUGCGCGGUUUUCAGAUUGGAAGUACUCUCCCCGUCCCUUCUCCACUGCUGAAUCCCACCUGGGGGGACCCGAAGAGACUGGUGCACCUGUACACUUCUUCAGACAAGAGAAGCUUUCAUUUGGCUAUCAACCCGGACGGGCAAGUUGACAGAACAACUAUCCAGACUCCAAGCAGUGCAAUGCUAUUAAAGUCGGAUGGAAUAGGUCUUGUGGCGAUCAUGGGUGUGAAGAGCGAACGCUACCUCUGUAUGGAUGCAAACGGAAAGGUUUUUAGCUCAGCAGUCUUCAGCAUGGAGUACUGCUUGUUCCAGCACGAGCGCUUGGAAAAUGGAUACGACGUAUAUCAUUCACCUAAGAGCAACCUGGUGCUCAACCUUGGUGGCAGGCCUCACACCUACAUUCCCGGCGGGAACCUGCCUCCUUAUUCCCAGUUCAUAUCUCUGGUGAACACAGUCGAACUGGAACAUUUUGUGCACAGGCGGAGCACCAGUUUCCAUGUGGACCCUUCAGACCCCUUCGGGAUGUUUACCGCCAACAGCCAACCUGCCAUGGUAGAGGACUCUGUGGAAACUCAAGCCUCCAAUGAAGUCCCAGCCCUGUCCAGAGAGCGCACAAGAUCAACAUACCAUGAUGAGGUGGACCCUGAUGAUCCUUGGAGACUGCUAGAUCAUAAAACCAAUAGCAGCCCUCGCUACUCAAUGAAUUAAUA